GUUUCCUAGUGUGGCCGAACCAUCGCCCUGGGAUGAGCCUGCCCACUAGUCUGCAUCCUAAUCCUGCUGUUGAUUGGAGAUAACUUCAGUGGUCACACGGCACCUCGUCUCCAUGGCAACCCCUAUAAAUAUUCCUCUGGUGACUUGUGCUCUACAUUCUGGCUGGAUCGUAGCCCUCCUGUGGCAAAAUAUUCUAAAGAUGUUAAAAGAGAAAAAAAAAAGGCUCAACUAAUAAAUCUAUUCUAAAUGACUGAGUCAUUUGUUUUGAUUACCCGGGUGAUUGCCAAAUGUUAAUUUAAAACUGAAAUAGGCCAUGAGCUCACUCCCCUAACAAUGCUGAGUGUUUGAGCUAAUACAGCUUGAUAAUGAGGGAGCCAGAUCUACUGCCAGUGCUCAUGUUAUAUGAUAAACAGACAUUUGGAGAAAUAUGCAGAACAUCUUGGCAGUUUUCCUUUAACUCAGGGUUGUAAAUACAAAGUAGACUGUGUUACCAUGAGCCAUUUCAAAGAAAGUUGACUUUUUUUAAUUUUAGAAUUUUGAACUUUUCUUCCAGAAAGGUAACUUUGUCUCUUGAUUCUCAUUUUUCCCCUAACUUAGGCACAUUGGAAGUUGUUUUUGACCGUAUCCAGCCCUUGCCGAAUACAACCUAUUCUCCACACAUUCAGUGUGAGGUCCCUCCAGCUACAAGGUGGGCACCAUGGCUGAGAAGUUCGACUGCCACUACUGCAGGGACAACUUGCAAGGGAAGAAGUACGUGCAGAAGGAUGGCCACCACUGCUGCCUGAAGUGCUUUGACAAGUUCUGUGCCAACACUUGUGUGGAAUGCCGCAAGCCCAUCAGCGCGGACUCCAAGGAGGUGCACUAUAAGAACCGCUUCUGGCACGACACCUGUUUCCGCUGUGCCAAGUGCCUUCACCCCUUGGCCAACGAGACCUUUGUGGCCAAGGACAACAAGAUCCUGUGCAACAAGUGCGCCACUCGGGAGGACUCCCCCAAGUGCAAGGGGUGCUUCAAGGCCAUUGUGGCAGGAGAUCAAAACGUGGAGUACAAGGGGACCGUGUGGCACAAAGACUGCUUCACCUGCAGCAACUGCAAGCAAGUCAUUGGGACUGGAAGCUUCUUCCCUAAAGGGGAGGACUUCUACUGCGUGACUUGCCAUGAGACCAAGUUUGCCAAGCAUUGCGUGAAGUGCAACAAGGCCAUCACAUCUGGAGGAAUCACUUACCAGGAUCAGCCCUGGCAUGCCGAGUGCUUUGUGUGUGUUACCUGCUCUAAGAAGCUGGCUGGGCAGCGUUUCACCGCUGUGGAGGACCAGUAUUACUGCGUGGAUUGCUACAAGAACUUUGUGGCCAAGAAGUGUGCUGGAUGCAAGAACCCCAUCACUGGGAAAAGGACUGUGUCAAGAGUGAGCCACCCAGUCUCUAAAGCUAGAAAGCCCCCAGUGUGCCACGGGAAACGCUUGCCUCUCACCCUGUUUCCCAGCGCCAACCUCCGGGGCAGGCAUCCGGGUGGAGAGAGGACUUGUCCCUCGUGGGUGGUGGUUCUUUAUAGAAAAAAUCGAAGCUUAGCAGCUCCUCGAGGCCCGGGUUUGGUAAAGGCUCCAGUGUGGUGGCCUAUGAAGGACAAUCCUGGCACGACUACUGCUUCCACUGCAAAAAAUGCUCCGUGAAUCUGGCCAACAAGCGCUUUGUUUUCCAUCAGGAGCAAGUGUAUUGCCCCGACUGUGCCAAAAAGCUGUAAACUGACAGGGGCUCCUGUCCUGUAAAAUGGAAUUUGAGUCUUGUUCUUUGUGUCCUUACUCUGCCCUACACCAUCACUAGGGGAAGAGUGGUCUUUCACCUCCUUAAAGUCGCUCCUUCUGUCUUUUCUCCCAUUUUACAGUAUUACUCAAAUAAGGGCACACAGUGAUCAUAGUAGGAUUUAGCAAAAAGCAACUUUGCAGCAAAGUUAAUUUCUCUCCAGCUGCAAUUACAAAACAAAAACUUAGGUAGAUUGACUCUUCUGCAUGUUUCUCCUAGAGCAGAAAAGUGCUAACCAUGUAGCCAUUUAGUGACGUAAGCAAGAAGCGUAAGAGAUGAAGCCCCCACUGAGACACCUUUCAGCCUCAGCUGGGACCCACAUGACAGGCAAGAGUUGCAGCGGCUGCUCCAACUCGCUGCUCACCCUCUUCUGUGAGCAGGAAAAGAGCUUCCUGACAUGCAUGGUUUAACGUCAUCAAAACUCCUACCUUCCUUCUGUUCUUUUGUGCUUUCAAAUGACUAAUACGAAUUUCCAGAAAAUUAACAUUUGAACUUAGCUGUAAUUCUAAACUGACCUUUCCCCUGUACUAACGCUCGAUUUUCCUGUGUGGCGUGUUUUCUGAGCGUUCCUCCUUUAAGGCUUGGAACACACAGGUGAUUUGGAAAGUGUAGGCAGAUCUGAGAAAACGAGCCUGUUUCAAAGGAACACUGUCACAGUGAAUACUUCUGGAAGCUUAACAAAACUAACCCUGUUGUCCUUUUUAUUGUUUUUAAUACAUCAUCUUCUUGUUUUCAGUAAUAGCAGAAUAGUUUAUGCGUUUGGAAACGUGCAUGAAAAUAUUCUAGCCCCCUCAGACGUACCUUCAGUGUUGAGAUUCAUCCUACAGAAGUCACCAUAAAACUCUGGGGGGUGGGGGGCUGAGCAGGCACCAGGGCUGUCAUCAACAUGGAUAUGACAUUUCAAAACCGUGACGAGUUGAAUCCCUUGUAACAUAGUAGUUGUCUGCUGUUUGUUCAUGUGUUAAUGAGGACUGCAAAGUCCCUUCUCUUGUGAUUCCUAGGACUUUUCCUCUAGAGCUUAGCUGGAUCUCUGGGGGAGUGGGGAGGCCACCAACCUCACAGGCAGAACCGGAUUUCCACCUACUGCUUUCCUGAAAUGCAGGAUCACCUACUUACUGUAUUCUACAUUAUUAUCUUACAUAGUAUAACGAGACAAUAUCAAAGUAAACAUGUAAUGACAAUACAUAUUAACAUUCUUGUAGGAGUGGUUAUAGAAGCUGAUGCCUCAUUUUGACAUUUUGUCAUUAGCUAUUCUCAUCUAACGUUUCAGUGUAUCCUUACAGAAAUAAAGCAGCAUAUAAAUAA